AUGUGGAGGCGGCGACGGACAAAUACAACCGCUAAGGACGACCGUUUUAAGGGCGAUAAUCGGGCGCGAAUUUAUGUUAAUUGCGGCAUCAACAUCCUCACCGACGACUCCACGCCGGGCGCGAUCCUCAUCCCGCAGUCGACGGACAAAGAGAACGACAACAACAGGAGCAAUCAGGGCGGCGAGGUCGAGGAGAAUUCGGCGAUCAAAAGGUUUCUCCAGUGUCCCGGAAUGUGCCGCAUCGAAGUACUCAAGAAAUUCAUACGCAACAAGUACAACGUCGACACUAAUCAGUAUUACAUCGAUAUUCUCUAUAAGAGGGUUCCGCUACCUGAUCACUACACCCUAAUCGACAUCGCAUAUAUCUACUCGUGGAAAAGGAACGAGCCGAUGAAGUUUUUUUUCAAAAUUACGGACAUAAAAUUGGUUUCGGACAGCUUCGACUAUCUCAUUCAGCCUCAAAUCCGAAAGGAACUGAAGUCGGCCAAUCAAGAUUCCAAAACAUCCAAAGAUAAAUCGAAGAGCAGCGAAAAGGAGUUGGGAAAUACGAUCGACCAAAACAAUGGCCUUGAAAUAAUUACGAAAAUUCAAAAAGUCUCAGAUAAGAACGGUUUACAAAUCGGCAUAAAAAUAACGAAACAGCACGUCAAAAAACAGCCCCAAAAGUCUCAAAAACGAAAACAGUCCCCCGUUAAGGAAGUGUCGGAUGUCGAUCAGGAAAAGUCGCAAUUCCUGAAGUCUUUCCAACUAACCGCGAAAUCCUCCUUGCCCAAAUUGCCGAAACCUCCCCCGCGCCCCUCUCUCCCACCCCUUCCUCCACCUCAAAGUGCCCCCAAACGAAAGGGCAGUCCUAUAAAAACAGACAGACCGAAAAAACCUAAGAAGUCCCCCAGCCCGUCGAAGCCCUUACAAAACCCCACGGUGCAACAGAUCUUAAGUAACGUGAAACAGAACGGACCAAAUUUGCCGAAAAUUGCCGAAGACGGCAACAGCGAUCUGCAGGCGCUACUCUUCGACAGUUACAAGAUCAACAUACCGUCGUCGCUUUCGGUAACGGUCAAAAACGAAAAGGACGACCCGACCCAGUCGCCCUUUCAAAAACCCGUUCAAAACUACAUCGAAAUUUUGAAAAUACCGGAAUCCCCGUCGUCCAAACCCAGCCCCUCAAAACCCGCCGAUGGUAAACCAACGGAGAAGGCCGAGGUGAAAUCGCCCAGCAAACCUUCGGCCGGCUACCUCCCCACGAAGCUGGGCAGUUCCUCGCGCGACUUCGUGAAGCUUAACCCGCGAACUCCGCAGACUUUCCAGAAGAUGUUCGAGGAGGCGAUUCGCAAACCGGAAUUCACCAACAAAUUUCAAACGAUUCCGAUCGUUAAAGGCGAUUCCGGUUCGAAACCGAACAUCUUGGAGAUCGCCUCGAAGCUGUACAAGAAGCACGAGAAAAAUGGGGAGGUGAAAAAGAGGCCCGCCGCGAAAAAGACGAAAACCCCCGAGCGAGGCAACCCUCCCCUCAAAGACUUCAACAGUUACAUAUCAUCCAAAUCGCCUCCCCAGCAGACAGUCACCGGCCUCCACUCCCCAUCGCUCGGUUUAAACUACACGGUGUCGGUCGCGCAAUCCAAGUCCUCCCCCAAUCCGCUCGAAGUCGAAAUACCCUCGUCCAGCACCUCCUCAAAGCAGAGCUCGCCGCGAACGCCGAACCCCAAACCGGAAACCGCCCCAAAGCACCCCACCUCCCCCAAGUCGCAGCCGCCUUUAAAAAAGGAGGCCGGGACGACCUCCUCGAUCCCGGCCGCCUCAAAACUAGCCGUGAACGUCGUCACGAGCAGCGGAACCGAAAACAGCCAGCCGCUCAGUCCCGACAAGCUCCUCGAAAAGUACAACAUCCAAAACCUCGCCCAGCUCUCCGCCAACUUCAACUUCCCCCAGAACCUCAUGAACGCCACCAAUCAGCUCGCCGCGAUGCAGCAGGCGAUGAUCUACCGGCACUUCGAAAUGCAGAACCACCACAACUGGCUGAACAUGAAUCCCGGUCCGCUGAUGCAGUACGAGAAGUAUUUAAAAAGUCUGACAAAGUCAUAGUCGUUCCUUUAUGCGUGUUGAUUUUUUUUUAUAAUUAAAAAAACUUAAUUUGUUGAAUUUUGCGUCUCCCAAUUAAUUGGUUCAACAUUUUUUACGUUGUUAACGGUUUAAAUUAUUAUGUUUUUGAGAGGAUGUAAUUAGUGAAUGAUAGGGUAAGUUUACUAAUGUAAUAUAUUUUUCAUUUUUUAAUAAAAAAAAUUAAGCUCGU